AUGGAACAGACGCAGACUUCCAUGAGUUCUGAAAGUUCGGUGCCCGAUGAAAUUCCGUAUUUAGAUGUGAACGCCAUUAGUUUGGGGAAGAACGCAAAAUAUUACGUGGAAGUUUAUGGAUGCCAGAUGAAUGUAAAUGAUACAGAAAUAUUGAUGUCCAUUAUGAAUAGUUCCGGAUACUCGAGAACCGAAAAAUUUGAAGAGGCUGAUAUUAUUUUCCUGGUCACGUGUGCUAUAAGGGAGAAGGCGGAAAAUAAAAUUUGGCAAAGAUUGAACACGCUGAAAAGCAUUAAUUCUAGACUGGAAAAAGGGAAAAGGCCUAUGAUCGGUGUUUUGGGGUGCAUGGCAGAGAGGUUAAAAACGAAACUUCUCGACGCUGACAAAUUGGUUGACAUCGUAUGUGGACCGGAUGCCUACCGAUCAAUACCGCAUCUGCUAUCAUUAGCAAUUAAAAAUUCACAGGGCAUUGCUAACGUUAUGUUAUCGGCCGAUGAGACUUAUGCGGACAUCACCCCCGUUAGAUUGCAUAACACAAAUGAAUAUGAAUUUUAUAAGCCAAACGGUAUCGGUGAUGGGCUGAGCAAUGAAGGAUUUAAAACUAUUUAUCGAAGGAAAGAAGGGGGGAUCAGAUUCACCGAGCUUUUGGACAACGUGUCUCUGGUUGAUCCCGAGAUGAGGAUAAGAUUUACUUCGCCGCAUCCAAAAGAUUUUCCGAUCGAAUUACUGAAAUUAAUUUCCGAACGUCCGAAUAUUUGUAACCAAAUUCAUCUGCCAGUUCAAUCCGGAAACACCAACGUGUUGAGGAGGAUGAGAAGAGGAUAUUCGCGCGAGGCUUACUUGGAUCUCGUGAAUACAAUCAGAGAUGUGAUACCUAAUGUGUCAUUAAGCACGGACAUUAUCACGGGUUUUUGCGGAGAAACCGAAGAAGAGCAUCAGGAUACCUUGAGUCUGCUGGAGAUUGUUAAAUUUGAUAUGGCCUUUAUGUAUGCUUACAGGACCAUCAAAAUCCGUCGGCUCAACGAGAUAAUAAGAAUCUUUCACGAUAACGCAAAAAUCAGAUUGAGCAACUUGAUUGGUAGACCACAACUGAUCUUGGUCGAAGGAUAUUCAAAACGCGAUAACCAAAGGCUAAGGGGUCUCUCUGACGGAGGCCAUAAAGUUUAUUUUAACGAUGUCGAGGUGAUUGAUUGUGCCAAUAUGACAAGUCUUGAUUUGAAAAAUAUUGGAUUAGCAAUUGGUUCAAAGGAGCUUCGCUACUUGUUUGAUGAGGGAAAGGGUUUGGAGAAUAAUAGUUUUGGAAGUAUUCUCCGGAAGACGAACGUAAAAAGUGGUGAUUAUGUGCUAGUAGUCCCAACGUCGACUACAGGAUCGUCGCUCGACUCCGUACCACUGGCAAAGAUGUCUAUCACACAGUUUAGUGAUGAUAACUUUGGAGCCGAGAUGUUUAAAAAGGUUUAUUGA